AUGAGGGAGAAGAAUAGGAGAGGUGGUGUGGUUGAGAAUGGUGACGUUAACGGCAAGAAUGGUGAGAAAAAAGUGUUGAUGAUGAGGGAGACACAUGGCGGAGAUGGUAACGGAAUCGUCAAUGAAAAAGGGGAUGGAUUCUUUGAUCUCAUGCCCGCAAAUGAUCUCACGCCCGCAAAUGAUCCAAUGGAAGCUCAGCGAGUGAUGGUGAUCCAGGAUGCAUCAAAGGAAGUUAGUUUAAGUGCCCUCAAAUGGCCCUUGAGAGGCUUAUGCCUUAAACCCGGAGAUAUGCUCGCGCUCCUUUCCAUUGUUCAUGAGGUUAAAAAUCCAAUGGGAUACAAAAUCAGAGUGGACAGCUCAAUGUUUGGAGCAAAUCAGAGAAUUGUUGCUCAAGAGAUAGACAGGAAGAAGAAAGAAUAUCGAGACAACGAGGAACUCGCCGAGAUAUCCCAGAAAUAUCAAAUGAAACAGAUAGUGUUCAAGAUAAAAGUGGAUGCAGGACCUUCACCGAAGAUGGUUGCUUAUGAAGCAGCCAAGAGAAUAAGGGCUACGUGGGUAAUACUAGACAGGAAAAUGGAGAAAGAUAAAAAAUACUUUCUAGAGAAGAUCCCGAGUGGAAUAUCAAGGAUCACAAGCAACAACAGCAUUGAACAAUUAAGAGGACCAAAAGCAAGAGCUCCAACUUCAAGCCUGUGCCACAGUGAAUCAAGUUCUCAUUUUACUGAUGAGAAGUUCAUCCUUGAGCCUAUUUUAUCAGAAAACGAUACAAAACCAAAGACAGAAAAUCUUGGAACAGUUGCUCCAGAUGCCAUUGAAAACCAAUAUGAUAUUAACUCGAUUGAUGCUCAAGAGAAAAUUCCAGAUCAAAUACCAAGACUGAGUGGCCGCACUGAGGACUUGACAGCUCCACUGGACCCUGAAAAGUCAUAUGAUGAAUCCAGUUGUGAAAGCCAUGACAAGAUAGGAUGGAUGAGGGAAUUCAGUUAUGAAGAGCUGCAAGCUGCUACAGAUGGAUUCUCCCCAGAGAAUAUUGUCUUUGAAGGAGGACAUGCUGCUGUCUUCAGAGGUGAGCUGAAAGAUAAGUUGAUGAUAGCCAUUAAGGAAAACAAAGAUGCUAGUUCUCAAGGAGAAAGGAAAUUCAACUCAGAAGUCCAAGUUCUUGGCAAAAUAAGGCAUGAGAAUGUGGUCGUAUUGUUAGGAUCCUGUUCAGAAGGAAACCAAAGGUUGCUCGUAUAUGAGUAUGUGGGCAAUGGUUCACUAGAUCAACAUCUUACAGAGUCAAAACCUUUAACUUGGGGGGUGAGGAUGACAAUUACACUAGGAGUAUCCAGAGCUUUAAACCAUCUCCAUGCCAACAACAUAAUCCACAGAGAUGUAACACCAAACAAUAUUUUGGUGACUCAUGACUAUGAACCAUUGCUUGGAGGUUUUGGCAUUGCAACAACACAGCAUGACUCAGAUCAAUCCUUGGACCACGGGGUCUUGGGGACCUUUGGAUACUUGGCACCAGAAUAUGCAGAGGCUGGGAUAGCAUCAAACAAGACAGACAUCUACUCCUUUGGUGUGGUCUUAUUACAGCUCAUCACUGGUCGCAGUACUAAGGACAAGACACUUCCAGAGAAAAGCCUAGUUGGAUGGGCUAGAGCACUUCUGAAACAAAAGAAGUAUGCUGAGAUGGCUGAUUCAAGAAUUUUCCUUGACACUCACCAGUUCAAUUGGACAGUUCAACUAGCAGAGAAAUGUCUAUCCCAGGAUCCUGAGAAUAGGCCAUCCAUGGAUGAGGUGGUCUCAACACUAGAAAACAUAAUGGAAGGGAAAACACCCUGGGGACAGAAAAAAUCCUACAUCCAAUAUGAGAUACAGUGAGCAUCAAUGGGAAGUCAGAGUGUUUGCAAAGCUGAUGAAAAACUUGAAUGCAACAAGAAACAUACAGCAGCUGAGUGAAGCAAAAUGAGAGAAAGGAAAUCCAGAAAACCAGAGAAUGGAUCACAAAUAAUGCAGCUAUACUGACCUGGACAUGUGUGUUUUUCGAAUAAACAACUAAUCCAGAUGAUCUGAUGACUUCAUGCCAUUUCAUCUUUGAACUAAAUGCAAUGUAAACUUGAGUAAACACCAUAUUUUUCAUCUAAUGUCUAAAAUUUGAGAACGU